AUGGCAGAGAGAACGUCUUUCGCUUCCUUCGUCCAGGACGCGCGGGCAAAGAAGAAGAACGAAGCGCUCGCCCAACAGUUCCUUGGUCGAGGCCGCAAAACAGCCGCAUCGGGUGCAGGUGUCGCCAACAAGCCCCGCGCCGAUUCGCAGAAGCCGUCGCUACUGAGCCGUAUCACCGGCAGCGCAGGCGUGCAAAAGCGCUCUGCGUCUGCGAAGCCCAACUUGCAGCCCACGACCAACAUCCACGGCAAGUGGAAGAACGACUUGUACGACCCCGACCCACCAGCACCGGCUGGAGGUAGGAACGCCAGGCUCAGUCGCACCGUGUCGGCGUCGCAGGUCGAGCGCAACAGCAGGACAUAUGACAAGUUCACAUCGGUGCUGAACAAGAGCACGGAUGCGCGUGGUGGUGGCGGGACAGGGGGCUUCAGCAUUCGGGGUGCUGCGUCGGGAGGACCAUACACUGUCGUUGCUAGCAACUUUGCGCUUGGCACCACCGCGAAGGAUAUCGAGGCUGUCAUGUCGCCUAUUGGCGGAGAGACGUUGGGAUGCAAGCUCAUUUCUGCCUCGCCAACCGUCAUGGUCGAAUUGCAGUUUGCGGACAAGGCAGGCGCAGAAAAUGUCAUUGCUACGUUCAACAAUCACCUAGCGGAUGGCAGGCUACUCUACGUAUACAUGAAGGAUGUCCCGGCCAGCUCUCACCUCGCGCACUCUCGGCAAGCUCCAGCACGCCUUACACAGCCAGCCAACGACAUGGACAUGGAUAUUGACACAAAUGCUGGUGCCCGCCCAGGCAGCUACCAAGACGGUCGCUAUGGCUUCAGGGAGGGCGGCCGCCAUGACCCACCACGCGGACCGCGCCGUCGGUACUAA